AUGUCGCGUCCAAAUGGGAAUGACAUUGAGCGCAACAAUGCAGAUGCCUCUUCAAGUUCCCCCUGGUACGAACGGGGCGAUCCCCCGCCAGACGAAUAUACUUCCCUUAUGCCGAGACCAGCCUCGGAGGACGAUCAUUGGGCAAGGAUAGAGGAUCAGAUUAAGUCUUUCGAUAAAUCGAGGACAAAAUCUUUACUCAUCGAGUCCUGGGAGCUGUUGAAGGACACAGUACCUGUGAUUUUCGGAUAUACAUUGCAAAUGAGUUUGCAAACGUCGACCGCGAUAAUUAUUGGUCAAUCGUCUCCCAUAAAUUUGGCUGUUGCUGCCUUUUCUCAGAUGUUUGCUUUGGUUACUGGGUGGAUGAUUGCUCUUGGUGGAACUACGGCCCUUGAUACGAUCGCUUCAUCUACGUUUACGGGAAGUGGGAACAAGCAUGAUCUGGGAAUUUUACUUCAACGGGCGCUUUUUGUGCUGUCGGGCUUCUUUAUCCCUGUUGCUGUUCUCUGGACCUUUUCAGAGCCUAUAUUUUUAGCUCUAGGCCAAGGCGCUGAGCUAUCGCGCCUUAGCGCGCAGUAUCUUACUGUUUUAAUUCCUGGUGGAUUGGGAUACAUCUUUUUCGAGGUUACGAAGAAAUAUCUUCAAGCUCAAGGAAUCAUGCGCGCCGGAACCUACGUUAUGAUGAUCGUCUUACCAUGCCACUGUCUGAUGACCUACACAUUCUGCUAUACACUUGAAUAUGGACUUCUGGGCGCUCCCCUCGCCUCCAACAUCUCAUACUGGUUCGCUUUUGUGCUGUUGGUUUUAUACGCCAAAUUCAUUGACGGCUCCGAUUGCUGGGGAGGAUGGUCACGAGCAGCCUUCGAAAAUAUAUGGACAUUUGCACAGCUUUCUCUCCUUGGAAUUCUACACAUCGGAACAGAGUGGUGGGCAUUCGAAAUUGUGGCACUCGCCGCAGGUCGCCUGGGAACAACUUCUCUAGCAGCACAGAGUGUCAUAAUGACUGCCGAUUCAGUUCUCAACACCAUACCCUUUGGUCUGGGAAUAGCAACAUCAUCCCGUAUCGGCAAUCUACUCGGUGCGCGCAGUGCAAAAGGAGCUGCGCGCACCGCCCACAUCUCCGUCCUCCUGGCUAUUUUCCUGGGAACCUUAGUCCUUGCAGUGUUGCUGGGUAGCAGGGACCAUUUUGCGAAAAUCUUCAACCGCGACCAGCAAGUAGUGAGCCUUGUAUCUGAGAUUAUGCCCUUUGUUGCUCUUUUCCAGAUCGCAGACGGCAUGAAUGGAAGCUGUGGUGGUAGCUUGCGUGGUAUGGGCCGGCAGCAUGUAGGUGCCGUUGUAAAUGUCUUUAGCUAUUACAUCUUUGCGCUACCGCUAGGUAUUUACCUUGCUUUCCAUGGUUGGGGGCUGAAAGGGCUUUGGAUUGGCCAAUGUGUGGCAUUGUAUUGCGUUGGACUUGUGCAGUGGUUUUUGGUUGCUCGGAGUAAUUGGGAGAAUGAGAUUAGCAAUGCAUUUAAGCGGAUGGAUGCGCAGGAUGUCCUUGAGAGUGACUAUCCUUCAUACUACCAAGCUGGGGAGGAAGAAUAG